CGAACAUUAUACCCAUGUUACCGGAUAGAGCGAGAGAUGCGCAAUUUGAGCUAAUGCUUUUGGGAACAGGUACAAGCUCAGCGGUACCAAUUUUGCCUUGCGUGACGGACCCGGAGCAGAAAUGCAAGACCUGCUUAUCGGAUGCUAAAGAGGAUGAACGUGGGAAUACCUCAGCGAUUGUACAAGUUAGAGCUAAUGAUGGUAACAUGAAGACCAUAUUAAUUGAUUGUGGUAAGACAUUCUACAGGGAUUCAUUAAAGCACUUUCCUAAGCGUGGAUUAAGGAAGAUUGAUGGUCUUUUACUCACACAUGGCCAUGCAGACGCUAUGUACGGAUUGGAUGACCUCAGAGCAUGGACGAUGCGUUCUAUACAGGAUUGUAUAGAUGUCUACACCAAUGAAGACACUUACCAAACCGUCUGCAAUGUCUUCCCUUAUAUGGUUGAUUCAUCAAAAGCUAGCGGUGGUGGUGAUGUUCCUUCAUUUAGAUGGCAUAUAAUCACACCAGGGGAGCAAUUCGACGUCGCUGGUGUACCUGUUAUAGCUGCAGACGUAGAGCAUGGUUUGGCUGCACCUAGGAGUAUAUCGGGAGAUCGUUCACCAUUUCACUGCCUGUCUUACAUUUUUCCGCCUUUUGGUAUUUAUAUGGCAGAUGUAUCAAGGAUUCCAGAGGAGAGCUAUAAAGUUAUAGAUAACGCAUUAGAAGGAAAAAGGCCGUCAAUUUUAGUAUUAGAUUGCUUAAAAAGUCAACCACAUUUGUCGCAUUUCGGUUUAGACCAGAGUUUAGAAGCAAGUUAUCGUAUAAAGGCGAAGAAAACAUUAUUUGUAGGAUUCGGACAUGAACGUACGCAUAAUAGUUGGAUUGAACAUAUAGAUAGAAACAAGUCGGUCGAUAUGGAUAUAUCGCCUGGCUUUGACGGACAAGCAGUUGAAGUUGAUAUCGAAGGGAAUGUAGAGACAAAAUGA